GCCCAGAGGAAGCAGCUGUGGGUCGCCCUCAUUGAGAAGGCGCUGGCCAAGCUUCACGGGCAGCUCGUGACGUGUUUCUCCCUCUUUCCACAGGCCCAGAGGAAGCAGCUGUGGGUCGCCCUCAUUGAGAAGGCGCUGGCCAAGCUUCACGGUUCGUACUUUGCCCUCCAGGCGGGGCGUGCUAUCGAAGGCCUGGCUACACUAACUGGUGCCCCCUGCGAGAGCCUGAUGCUGCAGGUCAGCUCCACUAACCCUCGCGAGGAGCCCAUUGACACUGACCUCAUCUGGGCCAAAAUGCUGAGUUCUAAGGAGGCUGGGUUCCUCAUGGGCGCAUCCUGUGGCGGAGGCAACAUGAAAGUGGACGAUGUGGCCUACGAGAGUAUGGGUCUGCGUCCGCGGCACGCCUACUCCAUCCUGGACGUGCGGGAUGUCCAAGGCUUCAGGUUACUGCGGCUCCGAAAUCCCUGGGGCCGCUUCUCCUGGAACGGCAGCUGGUCCGACGAGUGGCCGCACUGGCCGGCUCCCUUGCGUCACGACCUGAUGCCCCAUGGCAGCAGCGAGGGCGUCUUCUGGAUGGAGUACAGCGAUUUCAUUAAGUAUUUUGACUCCGUGGAUAUCUGCAAGCUCCAUUCGGACUGGCACGAGGUGCGCGUGCAGGGCAUGUUCCCCAACAAGGCCAACGGGCCGGUGACGGUGACGUCGCUGACGGUGUUGGAGCGUGCCGCUCUGGAGUUUGCUCUCUUCCAGGAGGGCAGCAGGCGGUCGGACACGGUGGACAGUCACUUGCUGGAUCUGUGCAUCAUGGUUUUCCGGGCCACCUUCACCAGCGGGAACAAGCUGA